AAGUAUUGGAAGGGAAAAACAUGCAGGAAGUAAUUCAUGUUUAACCUGUUGUCUGAGUUGACGGAGUAUAGAAAAAACCAUUACAAAUCUGGCAGCAACUAUUUAUAGGAACUAGGGAAAGUCCUUCCAACUUGUAUAAAAAAGAAUGAUUCUCAGGCAAGGGAAUUCAGAAACAGACUUCAGACAAACAGAGUAACUUCUUGGUUGAGUUUAACGGAAUCAUUUAUUUCAAAGAUGGCUCAUUGUAAACUGUUUGUUGUUGCUGUGGCAUUGCUUCUAACUUUGAACAUGUUCAGUGAACAAGUAUCAGCACAAUAUCAAGACUGCUGCAUGUCCUAUUCCAAAAAGCCAUUGCCAUGCCGAGGGAUUCGGGGUUACUCAAUACAGUCUGUCAAGGAUCUGUGUAAUAUUGAAGCAGUAAUUUUUCACACCAUUAGAGGCAAGAAUAUAUGUGCAGACCCUGCUCAGGAAUGGGUGAUGAACCGAAUCUCAUGCCUUAAGAACAGGGUAAAGAAUAUGGCUUAAAUGGAAGUCCAAGAUGCCAAGUAAAAACAAGAAAAGUUAUUUAAAUUAAGAUAUAACUGUAUUUUAUGUUUAUUAGUUUAAUAUAAAUGAUUUACAAUGUUUUUUAAAAAAACAUUUUAUAAAAAAAAAAUGUGAAAAGGGAACUUCGUGUUAAAACUCUGAAUUAUUUAUAUUAUUAUUUAUAUUACUAAAUGAUAUGUUUUUUUCAGUGUGUGUGGUGGAAGAAAUAUGUAUCUAUUAUUGUCUCGUAAAGCAUAUUGCUUUGUUUAACAAAAAACGUGAAGUUUUGAAAACUUAAAGUAUGUAUUCAGUGGUUUGUAUCCACUAUUGUGGAAUGGAUAUCUGCCGGACAGUACCGAAUUCCUGUAGAAUUCAUUGUCAUCCUACAUUUUCUGCUAAUAAAUUCUAAAAUAUGUAAAUACUGUGUUGCUGGGUAUUUCUUUACUUUCCAAAACCAAAACCAAAAUGAUUCUUUCAAAAGCUUGGGAAAAUCCAGAGUUCCAUUUGUGUCUCUAUUUCUGAUCACUGUUAUGAUGUUGCGACUGGGUCGAUGGUCCUUAUCUUUACUUAGAAGCCAGUCCCCAAAUGUAACUGUAAAUAUUGUGUUAUACUGUAAAUUGUGUAGAUAUUUCAUCUUGGGAUUGCUUGAUCCCUAGUUUAAUAAGCUUGAAUGGAUGGCCAAUUG